AAACAUCGUACUUUUCAACCAAAAACAACAGCGCUUUAACACCCAAAUCUAAUCCAACUCCGUACUUUUCAACCAAAAGAAAAUUCAAUCAUCUCUUCUCUAUUAUUUAUCUAAACAAAACGACUGAAACUCACAACAACUUCUUCUUCACGCUUAGAAUUGCUAUUCUUUUUCGUCGUCAAUGUCUUGAUUACUCCUCUCUUCUCCUCGCAAGUACGCAAUGGCAACAAAAGGAAACUCAGGAGACAGCAGAACUAGGGGCUCAGUGUCAUUGUUCAUUAUAUUUGGAUUAUGCUGUUUUUUCUAUAUCUUGGGUGCAUGGCAGCGGAGUGGGUUUGGGAAAGGUGACAGAAUAGCUAUAGACAUCACCAGACAGACAGACUGUGGUAUCCUCAAUAAUCUGAAUUAUGAGACUCAUAAUGAUGGUGAUGAGGGGGCAACAGAUGAUUCAAAAUCUAUAGUCCAGGAUUUCAAGCCAUGUGAUGAUCGAUAUAUUGAUUACACACCCUGUCAAGAUCAAAUGAAGGCAAUGACAUUCCCCCGGGAAAAUAUGAACUACAGGGAACGACAUUGCCCUCUUAAAGAAGAGAAGUUAAAUUGUCUUAUUCCAGCUCCAAAAGGAUAUGUAACUCCAUUUCCUUGGCCAAAGAGUCGUGACUAUGUACCCUACGCAAAUGCACCUUAUAAGAGCUUGACAGUUGAGAAGGCUGUUCAGAACUGGAUUCAAUAUGAGGGCAAUGUGCUUAAAUUUCCUGGUGGAGGAACACAGUUUCCUCACGGGGCAGUUGCAUAUAUAAACGAACUUGCAUCUGUCAUCCCAAUGGAUAACAGGAUGGUUAGAACAGCUCUCGAUACUGGAUGCGGGGUUGCAAGCUGGGGUGCAUACCUAUUUAAUAAGAAUAUUGUAACGAUGUCAUUUGCACCAAGAGACUCUCAUGAAGCACAGGUUCAAUUUGCUUUGGAAAGAGGUGUACCGGCAGUUAUCGGUGUCCUUGGAACUAUAAAGCUACCAUAUCCUUCUAGGGCUUUUGACAUGGCUCAUUGUUCUCGAUGCUUGAUUCCUUGGAGUUCAAAUAAUGGAACGUACAUGAUGGAAGUUGAUCGAGUCCUUAGACCAGGUGGUUACUGGGUGCUUUCUGGUCCUCCCAUUAAUUGGAGGACUAAUUUCCAAGCAUGGCAACGCCCUAAAGAGGAACUUGAGGAAGAACAGAGAAAAAUUGAAGAGAUUGCCAAGCUUCUCUGCUGGGAAAAGAAGUAUGAAAAGGGUGAAACUGCCAUCUGGCAGAAAAGAAAAAAUGACGCUAAUUGCCGGGAGAAAGAUUCUCAACCUACCAUGUGUCAACCCACGAAUGCAGAAAACAUCUGGUAUAAGAAGAUGGAGGGUUGUGUGACUCCUUUUCCUGAGACUACUGGACAAGAUGAAGUUGCUGGGGCACCAUGGAUACCAUUUCCGGAAAGACUCAAUGCUGUUCCAUUCAGAAUAUACAGUGGGUCCAUUCCAGGAGUAUCUGCUGAGGUAUACCAGGAAGACAAUCGGUUGUGGAAGAAGCAUGUGAAUGCUUAUAAGAGGGUUAACAAAAUAAUUGAUUCAGGGAGGUAUCGCAACAUAAUGGAUAUGAAUGCUGGUUUGGGAAGUUUCGCUGCAGCCAUUCAAUCUCCCAAAUUGUGGGUUAUGAAUGUUAUGCCUACAAUAGCUGAGAAGGACACUCUUGGUGUUAUUUAUGAGCGUGGAUUAAUCGGCAUAUAUCAUGAUUGGUGUGAAGGGUUCUCCACGUACCCCAGGACAUAUGACCUUAUUCAUGCAAGUGAUGUUUUCAGCUUGUAUAAGGAUAAGUGUAAUGCUGAAGAUAUUCUUCUGGAAAUGGAUCGUAUCUUGCGGCCUGAAGGAGCAGUCAUAUUUCGCGAUCAAGUGGAUGUGCUAAAAAAGGUGAAGAAAAUAGCAGGAGCAAUGAGGUGGAAAACAAAAAUGAUUGAUAAUGAGGAUGGCCCUCUUGCCUCAAUAAAGAUAUUAUUUGCUGUCAAGAAGUACUGGGUUGCUGGAGAAAACAGUACCACAUCCUCUCAGUGAAUGAGAUAUAAGAUGGUGUGAUUCCACAGGGGAACGAUUUUUACUGUAGUUAACCAUAGGUGUCUCCGCCAGUAGCAACCCAGUAACAUGGCUUCUACUGCAUUUAAUUUUGAUCCUAUCCUUUUUUUUUUGAAGGUAGAUAUAGAAAUAUAGAUGGGAUGUAUUAUUUCAUAAAGAUUCAUGGUUUGUUUGUUUUUUUCUA